AUGUCGCGGUAUUGGUGUAAGAUAUGUCGAACGUUUGUGGAUUCAAAUAUGAAAAAGGGCCAUGAGGCAAGUUCCAAGCACAAAAGGAGCUUGUCUGACAAAAUAUACAAGAUGAAAAAGAAGUAUAAAGAAGAGCAAGUGCAGCUGAAUGUAGCAAAUAAGGAAUUAUAUGGUCAUUCUAUAUCAAAAGUGGGAGAAAAGCAUUUUGGCCAGGUUGAAAAACCAAGGCGUGCAAGUAAACUUUUCAACAAGAAACGGGCUGAAUUACAUAAGAAAAAGGCAGAGUUUGUAUCCGCAGAUCUUAAUGGCUGGAGUGAAGUAUCUGAGGGAGAAAAGAAGGAGAUAGAAAGUCCGGAUCGGCAUAUUGAAGAGUCAAACGCUCCUGUAGUUGCAAUAAAUAACAGAAGCAAGUCAGCGUUUGAGAAUGAGCUUAGCAGUUGGAACUUCAAUCAAGAAAGUGGGUCUACUUUUGAUGGCGAUGGUGGUUAUGAUGAAGAUGGAGAGCUGCCAGCGUUGAAAGUCACGUUCAAGAAGCGGAUCAAAGGUAAUAAGAAGAAGAGUAUACUAUAG